CAUCAUGUGGUUUCUUGUUGAUAUAUUGGUAUUCGGUUAGGUGGGGCGAUGCGGUGACAUAUCUUUCGCAGGACAACGAUCCGUAUGUGUGGUCGCCGUGUCGUCCUAUAUAAGACAGAGGUAGGAUCUCACUGGGCAGAAGAUUUCUACCGGUUUCGUAGUGUGUGUGCUAGUCGCAGAUUUUGAAACAGAUCACAAUGAAGGUGUGCACAUUAGCGUUCGGAGUGGUUGUGUUGUGCGCGGCCGCGAUGGCGCUGGAGUCCAGCCCACUGAUCCAAGCGCUGCAGCCCGUGGAGGCUGUGGAGCAGCCCACGCAGCUCGUACCCGUGUACAUGCAGCCCACCGACGUGCAGGUGCCGAGGCAGAAAAGAUCCCUGCUUCUUGCUGGCGCAGGUCUCGGCGGUCUCGCCCUCCUCGGUGCCGGUGCUGUUGGCGCGGGUCUGAUUGGUGCUAAGGCUGGUUUGGUCGGCGGUGCUCUUGCUGCGGGUGCCCUACAUGGCAGAGGCUUCGGCGGCGGCUACGGCUAUGGCGGUGGCUACGGCUACGGCGGAGGCUACGGCGGCGGUUACCCCUACAGAGGCGGUUACGGCGGCAGCUACGGAGGCGGCUAUGUCGGAUACGGCGGUGGCUAUGGAGGCUACAGGUCCUACCCCACAUACGUCGUUGAAGAAAGCUGGUGCUGAUUGCUUCAUAGCAAUACGAGUAGUUGUAUUAUUGUUCAAAGACUUUGUUGUUUUAAGUGAAGUAAACUAGGUAUUUAUGUAAAAUUCAGUGCGUGAUAUACGAAAUAAAAACCUACGAGUACAA